AUGGGAGCCAGAGGAGUAAUAGCAGACAAGUGGUCUAUGAGAGUUCUUUGGGCUUGUGCUAUUGGAAGUGCUGUUAGUCUAUAUAUGGUUGCUGUAGAAAGACAAAAACAAAAUAGGCAGAAGAUGUUGGCUGAAGGCUUGAGGGGAAUGGAGUUGGGGGAAAGCAAUGAAGAUGUUUAA